CACUCCCUCCCAACUUCUGUAAACCAAGCUCUCUCUCUCUCUCUCUCUCUCUCUCUCUCUCUCUCCUCCAAACCAAGAAUCAAUCUCUUUGGAAUUCACAUCAGAAUUCCAGGAUGGAGUCGGUUGAGGUUGCUGGACUCCGGUAUCUCGCACCUGUAAAUGAGGCCCCCUUCCCAGCUCAUUUCACUGGAAUGCAGAGCAUACCUGCAUUCCAUUUCAGCAGAUUCUUAAGACCAAUAUCCAAUCCACAGAUCCCUCCUCUAGUCCAUGAGUUCACCCCACAGUCAUCAUGUGUCAGCAAUAACUCUUCUGAUGAAGCAGAGGAGCACCAGCUGAGCAUCAUAGAUGAAAGGAAGCAGAGAAGAAUGAUAUCUAAUAGAGAAUCUGCUCGCCGAUCACGGAUGCGGAAGCAGAAGCACCUGGAUGAACUCUGGUCACAAGUCAUGAGGCUCCGAAAUGAGAAACGUCAGCUCAUAGAUAAGCUGAAUCAUGUGUCGGAGUGCCACGACCAGGUAGUCCAGGAAAAUGAGCGGCUAAGAGAAGAAGCUUCUGACCUUCGCCAAAGGCUCAACAGCCUGCAACUGGAUAGUUCUUAUGCCACGUUACGGGAUCUCGAAGAGAUACCCUGCAACACAGCACACCUAAGAGCUGAAUCAAACCAAUCCAUCACUACUUCCAUCGAUUUGCUUCAUUGAGAUGGGGGCCAAGUUUUACUAUCUUCUCCCUUUUUGUUCUAAAUUUUUCCUUCUUUUAUUUCUACGUUCCUCUGUCAAUCAGUGUAUCGGAUGAUCCACAUAAGACAAAGAUGAGACCAUGAAAUAACAGCUUGAGGACGUCUUGUAUCAAUCUAAGCUUACUUAUGAGACAUACAAAUAGAUAAGAGUUCCGGGUCUUUUGAAUAA